AUGGGCCGAAAGAACCGCAACCCCGCUCCAAACCCUACUCCUCCCCGGGCCGCCGCCGCCGGCGGCAUUGCCGCCGUGCGCGCCGACUGCGACAAGGCCCUCGCGUACCUCCAGCGCGGAAACCCGUCCAAGGCGCUGCGGCUGCUGAGGGACGCCGUCGCGCGCCACGGCGUCGACGGCGAGGGGUCGCCGCUCCUCCUCCGCGCGCAGGGCACCGUGCACUCCCGCGCUGCCGCCCCCCUCAACGACCCCGCCGCCCGCGCGCGCCACCACCGGGCCGCGCUCCAGGCCGCCCGCCGCGCCGUCGAGCUCGCGCCGGACUCCCUCGAGCUCGCCCACUUCCACGCCCUGCUCCUCUACGAGGCCGCCUCCGGUAACCGCGACUACGAGGACGUCAUCGCCGAGUGCGAGCGCGGUCUCCGCAUCGAGGUGCCCUCCGACCCGGCACCCCACUGCCUCAGGCUGCCCGCCCCUGGACCUGACCAGCUCCGAGACGACCUCCGCAACCUCAUCCAGAAGGCCAAUCUCGCCUCCAUAUCCACCUGGGUCAAGGCCCUCGGCGGCACUGAUGACAAGCUUGGGUUUUUCCGCCUGGCUGACGAACCCUUGGAGCUUCAGCCCCUACCUGCAGCGCACCGCCCCAUGGGGAUCAAGAAGGCCACCAAGACCCCUGAGGAGCGCCGCAAGGAGAUCGAGGUGCAGGUCGCUGCGAUGAGGCUGGUGGAGCAGCACCAGCUGCCGCACAAUCCUGCUGUCGCUGCCUCCUCCUCACCACCGCUGUCAGAGGAAGAUGAGGCCCCCUGCUCAUCAUGUCAGUCUGGUCUGAAACUGCGGCGUUCUUGA